GUUCAAAUAUUCGAUAUUCAUGUCUUUGCCAUCUUACAUAUUUCAAUCCAAAAAAAUAUUUCAGGAUAUGGAAUGUCGUCAAAAGUGAAAUGUGUUCUUUUUUCAUUUCUUUGAUCUGAUGAAAACAAGUUUUUUUUUUUCACAAAAUGUUACGCAAUUAUAACAUAAUAAAAGUGUCGAAUAUAUUAAUUAAAAACAAUAUUUUUCGAAAUACAGUUAAAUUGACAAUAAAACAUAGUAAAUUUAUUUAAUUAGAAUAGCAAGAGAAACUCCCACUGUUUGGGUUGCACUUAAUUUGUGAUAACAGUCGAAACCUAAUCUAUACGGUUUUCUGUUUGGACCAAUAUGUGGAUAGGAAUUUUUGAUUGUAGCUAGUGACAUAUACAAAGUAUUUUGAUAAAUUAAUUGAAUUUAAAGUAAUAUGAUGGCCAAAUCGAAGUUUAGCGAUGUUGAUGAAUAUGGAUUCAAACGUGAUUGCAACUUCGAUUAUGCUGCCUACGAUAGUAUUAUGACAAACUACUACAAAGUUUUGACUAAACGUCGUAUGAAAUGGCAGAAUUUAAUGAAAAAUCCACCAAAUUUCCAUGACAGAAAAUCAUCUAAGCUGAAACGAUACGUUCGCAAGGGAAUACCUGCACACAUACGCGGUGAAAUUUGGAUGCACAUUUCUGGCGGUUUCGUUGCACUUGAUAAAUCACCUCUUCUGUACCAAAGUUUGCUCAAUACACAUUAUGAUAUAGAAAUAGGUAAAUAACUUCAGUCAACGACAGAUA